AUGGAGGAUGAGAUCGAGGUCGAGAUCGAGAAGCAAGCACUGCUCGAUGGAUCCGCGAAGAGGCUCCAAGACACUGAGCUAGUGAAUCCAACCGAAAGACAGUCUCGUCCGUUCAAAAAAUGGAUGGAUAGCUUCAAAGGGCGCAGACAUGGAUCCCCGACCUUCAAGCGACGAUACGUGGAAGGCUGGUCGGAAACAUCAUCUCAUGGCUCGCAGAGCCAACAGUCGAAUGUGUCCGACUUGUCGCAACUUGGAACCGUGAAGACCACAACAACAAGCAUCGAGAGCCAGAGUCUGGCCAGGUCCAGAGGAGGCACACCGAGUGUAGCGAACCAGAGCCUGAUGUCCGAUGUGCGUGAUUCCGACGAAAGCCCGCGACCAGUCUCCAGUCUAUACGUCGAUGAAGCUUCCGAGGCACGGGCAAUCAAACGACGCCAUGUUCUGCGAGAGGUAAUUGUUACAGAGUCUGACUAUGUGCAGGGUCUUAAAGCCCUUGUGGGAGUUCUUACAAUCUUUAGCGCACGGCAUGAGAUAUCUCACAACAUCCAAGAGAUACUUGGAUUGCAUGAGCAAUUCUUGAUCCAGCUUCAAACGAUCUCGCCCAUGUCGGAGCCUCAUGUCGAACAGGCUGGUCUGUCAGAGCUUGCAUCCCGAGGAAUUUCAAAGCGCCUUGGGACCAUUGACUUGGGUAGUUUGAAGGGACUACAGCACCGAUCAUUGAGAGCUCGAACACUCAAAGCAUCUAUCAGCCAGCGCCUCAAGGUGCUCACUGCAGAGCCAAGAGAAGCACUUGAAGUUGCACGGGUAAUCGAACAUUUGUCCCUCUCAUUCUCUGCAUAUGACAGAUUUUGCAGCAACUAUGAGCUUCUUACACAGGACGUUGCUCUUCUACGUCGGUCAAUUGCCAAUUGGACAGUUUAUGACCAGGGGAUCGAGGCACUAUCCAAAUCAGUUGCGUCUACGGACCGACGGAGACAGGAGGAGAAAAGAUCAAUGACUUUGAAUGAUUUGUUGAUAAAGCCUAUUCAACGUAUCUGCAAAUAUCCCCUCAUGCUACAAGAUCUGCUCAGAGCCACACCAGUCGGUGAUUGUCCGUCUUCGCAUGAUGGGAUUCGACAGAUUUUGGAGAGUUUGCGCACGUUAGUUACAAAGAUCAAUUCCGCGACUGGAAAUCCGGUAAAUAAAGAUCGCAUUCACAAAACGCUAAUUCUCCAGCGCAAAGUGGAGAUUCCACCGUCGAGCGCUCUUGAUGGUAUAUACAAGGACCUCGGCCCUAUGAUACUCUGUGGUGUUCUGCAUGUUACAUACCAAACACCUGAAACGACCACUGGUGAUUUCAUGGUUUGCAUUCUUUUCAAUCACUAUCUUCUUCUGGCCAAAGGAAUUGAUGACCUGCAUAGACUGGAAGCAGUGGCUUGUGUUUCUCUAGACUACGUCAAGAUUGAUACAGUUCAGAAUGGGCAAGGUCUGUAUUGCUAUGGAUGUCUUUUUUCAUGGAAGUUACAGUUUCAAGAAAAAGAUAACUACGAAUUUGUCCUCAGUGCAUCAUCGGCUGUGGAAGAAAAGCAGUGGAAUACCGAGAUUCUCAAGGCCUCGGCCGCUUUGGUUGAACCGGGCCAACAUGGCACGAGAGAGGCCAAUAAAUACUCUUUCUUGGCCCUUCGUUUAGCACCUCUCAAUCGUGUCCAGUACGCAGUCUCAUCUCUGGCUCGAAGAUCCUCCAUGGACUCCAUGUCACUUGCACGCAGGUCCCAUGUUCGGCAUGUGAUCAUCAAAAAAACGCACCGUCCGCGCAACGCUGAAGAGACAGCUGCACCAGUCGAGGGUGAGAUUGAACGGCCCCUGAUUCCAGUUUCGCCUACCGCGAUAGUUUUCACAGCUCGACGCAUUGAUCGUAUCCGAUUGGAGCGUCUGAUUGCAGACGUUUACACCAAGGACCUUCUCCCAUUGCCCGGAAUGGUUCUCGGGCGAGGCGAUCUCUUUCGACGUGGAUCGAUCAUGAGACGACUGAGUCUUCAUACUGGGUUCACCAAGCGGUCGAAUUCUGUCAGAACCUCACGUUCGGGGCUUGCUACCAGUGAUUUCGAUUCGAACGAUGAGGAGGAAGGGAAAGAUGUUGCAGGCAGCAGCGAAGCUUUUGAUGACAAGGAUAUCGAGUUCAAAUCACUCCCGGCACCUGUAACUCCGCGACGAUCGAGAACACUCCGGUUCAGAGGGUCGCCUAAAAAGUCCCCCAAGCCUCCCAAGUCGCCCAAAUCGCUCAAGUCACCCAAGUCCCCUAUGUCGAGUCCAUCCUCUCACAGUGAAAAGCGAUGGAGCCAAGAUGCGAGCUCCGAGGCCCCAUCUUCACCCAAGAAAUGGUCGACUCCGAUGAAUUUGUUCAGUAUCUUGGCGCCAAAGAAGUCACGCAAGCCCCACUUCCAUGAGUGA